AUGUCUAAAUCACCCAUAGACAAACGCGCCGUGGUAGUUUCCGUUUCCAGGGUUGCAAUCCUUUUUGCUUUAAUUUUCCUCGUUGUUUUCAUCGCGACGGACAUCAUUCAUAUUCCAUACCUUUCUCAUGGUUUAGAUCUACUUUUCUCCUGGAUGACUGUGAUCUUAUCACCAGUCUACCCAUUCUGGGCUCCUCUAACGCUUGGUGUCUCCAUCAAGCUAUAUCGACACAAGGCAUUUCCAAAGCAGAGAGAAUGGAUCACUUCAUCUAUUCUGAUUUUUAUAUCACAUCUUGGACGAGUAAUUGUGGAUACUAUGCAGCCGUUGGGAUUUUUUGACAAAGUCUGCAGUUUGAGAAACUGCUGGCAUGAGUACAUUCAAAUGUGCUUGAUUGCAGUUGUGAUUAUAGGCGAAGUCGUUGGAAUUCCAUGGGAUGCGAAUGUUGUUCAGAGCUGGGUUAACAUAUUGGCGGUCGAGUCUGAGGAUCGGGCAGCAAAAGAGACAGCUAUAAAUGACGAGGAUGGGAUGGAAAAAGGUCUUGUUGAUCAAGCUGCAGAGGAGGUUACGUACUUGGAUAGUGGGGAUCUGGGGCUACAUGAGAAGCAGAUGUCUGUUGAGACUUUUGAGCUUCAUGAAACUGAGGCGGCUGAGUUGCCCAUGGAUGAGGCAUUAACACAGAGUGACGAAGGUACGAAAUAG